UUUUAAUUAGUAGUUAAUUGUUCCGAUUAAUCAAAACUGUUGAUUUCCAAGCAAAAACCUAUGGGAUUUUAUUUUUAUUACUCCUUUUAGGAAGAAAUUUAGUACAUCUACAUAUACUUUAAAACAAAUCAACAGUUUUUAGUGUUUUAACAAUAGUAGAAAAUAUAAAUAACAAUAAACCAUAAGACAAUUGAUGCUACUCUGCUGUUUGCGUUUACUGUUCACAUUCUGUUUCUUUACUGUUUUGCUCGCCAGUCGCCACAUUUUUUAUAGUUUUAUAAACUGACAGUGCUUCGUAUCAACGAAGUGGAUUUGCUAAAUGUUAUGUUAUUUUUUAUUUGAACAAUGUCUCUCCCUGAUGGAUUUGUUUUCCCACCGGUCAAAUACGAAUACUUAGAUCACACGGCUGACGUCCAGUUGCAUGCGUGGGGAAAAGAUUUGAAAGAAGCCUUUGAACAAUGUGCUGUUGCUAUGUUUGGAUAUAUAACAGACCUUGAGUAUGUAGAAUUUGCAGAGACGCAAACAAUAGAAGCAGAGGGAGAAGAUUUGUCAUCAUUACUUUUCCAUUUCCUUGACGAGUUUUUAUUCAUGUUUUCUGCCGAACCUUUUUUCAUACCUCGGGUGGUGAUGAUUACAGAAUUCAACAGAGAAGAAUUUAAAAUCAAAGCAGUGGGGUUUGGUGAAACUUUCACAAUUGGAAAACAUCCUCAGGGUGCUGAUGUUAAAGCAAUUACCUAUUCUAACAUGCAAAUUCAUGAAAAUGAGGAUAAAGUUGAAUUAUUUGUUAUAAUAGAUAUUUAAGUUUUAAAAAAUAAAUUUAUUUUUAAUGUUUCCA